GGGCCAGCCCAAGUUGCAGAGGAGCCUGCAGAGGAGCCUGAGACCAACACAGUCCUGCACAAAGCCUCUGCCCACAGACACCAUGAAGACCUCUGCGGUUGUCCUCGUUGUCAUCCUCACUGCUGCUGCCCUCUGCAGUCCUGCAUCUGCCUCCCCAUAUGCCUCGGACACCACGCCCUGCUGCUUCGCCUACAUCUCCCGCCCACUGCCCCGUACCCACCUCAGAGAGUAUUUCUACACCAGUGGCAAGUGCUCCAACCCAGCAGUUGUGUUUAUCACCCGAAAGAACCGCCAGGUGUGUGCCAACCCGGAGAAGAAAUGGGUUCGGGAAUACAUCAACUCUUUGGAGAUGAGCUAGAAUGGAGGGCACCAUGAACCCGAACUUGUGCAUACUCUCCAGUUGCUGCUUGCUCUGGUCUAAUCAGUGUGAGAGGCUUUCCCCAAUCUCCUGUCCUCUCCUGCUCCCUGAAGGGAAUCAAUUGUACUACACAGUGGCAGUGAUAAAACCCUCCCCCAUCUAAAGCCUAGAAGAGCUACUCUGUCUCUGGUAGAGGCUCCGCCUUGUCCAUAGGAUGUCUCUAGGAUCUAACCUUCAUUCGCCUCCACUUGGUCAUGGCUUUGUGGCCAGGAAGGAAAUCAACAUACUUGUAAAAGCAAAUAAGAGAGAAAGACUGGGCUCCUAUGGAAAUAUCACCUGGUCAAAGAUACCAUCUUGGUCCCUCAGAAGGGAUGAUGUGCAAACAUGAGAAAUAAGCUUUCCAUUAAAAUGCUCAAUGCAACUACAAA